AUGCGACAAGACGCCAUCAAUUAAUCAAAACGAGUUGAAAUGAGAGAACCGGCAAACAUGAAACUUACAGAUUCAGUCGUGCAAAAUUUUCGAGUUGCUAAAAUUUUUAGAGAAAAUACAGAUAGAAUUACGAGCUUAGACUAUUCAGCUAAUGGCGAAACGCUUAUUUCAAGCAGCGACGAUGAUUCAAUUGUAAUUUACGAUUGUCAGAACGGAACACCAAAACGAACCCUGAACAGUAAGAAAUAUGGAGUUGAUUUGAUUUGCUACACUCAUGCAGUUAACACAGCUCUUCACAGCUCAACAAAAGUUGAUGAUACUAUUAGAUACCUGUCUCUUCAUGACAAUAAGUAUAUACGAUACUUUCCCGGACAUACCAAAAAGGUAGUGACAUUAAAUAUGUCACCAAUCAAUGAUUCCUUCCUGUCAGGAUCCCUGGACAAAACUAUCCGCCUCUGGGACCUUCGGUCACAAAAUUGCCAGGGUUUGAUGCAUUUGCCUGGUCGUCCAGUAGCUGCAUUUGAUCCUGAUGGCCUCAUUUUUGCAGCAGGAAUCAAUUCAGAGAUUGUCAAAUUGUAUGAUUUGAGAUCUUUCGAUAAGGGUCCCUUUACUUCAUUCAAACUAUCACAAGAUCGUGAUUGUGAUUGGACUGGGAUGAAGUUUAGUCCUGAUGGUAAACUUAUCCUCAUCUCCACAAAUGGCCAAGUCCUCAGACUGAUCGACGCAUUCCAGGGAACACCUCUUCAGACAUUUAUGGGUUUUCAAAACAACAAGGGAAUUCCACUAGAGGCAUCCUUCAGUCCAGAUUCUCAGUUUGCUAUGUGUGGUUCUACUGAUGGCCGGAUACAUACAUGGAACACAGAUACAGGUGUCAGGGUGUCUGUUCUCAACUGUGAUCAUCCUGGACCAGUUCAGUGUGUUCAGUUCAACCCCAAAUACAUGAUGCUGGCAACUGCUUGUACAAACAUGGCAUUCUGGCUCCCUUACAUAGAUGACUGAGUUCAAUAUUUGACACUAUUAUGACACAAGGUGUGUUUGAAUAUUCUUAAUAUGUGGUCACUCCAGGUCAGGAGGGCAAAAACAUGUAAAACUGUGAUUUAUAAUAUGCUGAUGGUACAAACAUUUGGCAACCUACCAUUAAGAAUGCUGUUUACAGUGAUUGGCCCAUGUGC